CGUUGGCCCCUUACCUUAGAGAAGAAAAACUAAACAAAAAACCAAACCAAUAAUCUGCAGAGGAAGAGAGAGAGAGUGUGUGUGGAGACAUGGCAGGGAUAACAUUUUGUCACCACUUAGCCUUCUCCUCUCAGAGCAACUUGAGUCCAUCUUGGUUGAUCAUCGGAGCGACAAAGAGGCCACAACUGCACGUAAAAAGAUCGGUGACCAAGGCCGAAGUGAGCUUCGUGGACUCUGAUGAGGCGAAGAAGCUGAUAGCGGUCGAUGGCUACGCGGUUAUAGACGUUCGCGACAGAACUCAGUUUGAGAGAGCACACAUAAAGAACUGCUAUCACGUCCCGUUGUUCAUUCAGAACAACGACAACGAUUUAGGAACGAUAAUAAAGAGAAGCGUGCACAACAAUUUCUCAGGCUUGUUUUUCGGGUUGCCUUUCACUAAGCCUAAUCCGGAAUUCGUUGAAUCUGUCAAGAACCAGUUCUCAUCUGAGAGCAGCAAGCUGCUGCUUGUUUGUCAAGAGGGGCUCAGGUCUGCUGCUGCUGCCUACAAAUUGGAGGAAGCUGGUUAUCAGAACAUAGCGUGCAUAACAUCUGGGCUACAAUCUGUAAAACCUGGUACAUUCGAUGCCAUUGGUUCAACGGAGCUGCAAGAUGCGGGGAAGGCUGGUCUGAUUCAAGUUCAAGGCAAAAUCUCAGCAGUGCUGGGGACUGUUCUCAUCUGUGCAUUUCUGUUCAUUACAUUCUUCCCUGACCAAGCAGAGAAGCUGUUCCAGCUAGCCCCGACAAGCUAAAAGCUCGAGCUCAGUUUGUUUCUUCCUCGGGUAAAAGAAAGCUAAAGGGGAGAGUAUCGAUAGCAUGAUAUCAAGGAAGAAUUAGAAGCUAAGUGGAAGACAAAGAAGGAAAGAAAAAAAGAGAUUAUAUAGAAACAGAAAGGAAGCAUGAUAAAUAGAAUCAAUUAGAGCUUAUAGAUUCAUUCAUGGAUGUGUAAUGUAUUGCAGUAGUUCAGUUCAUUCUUCUUGACUGUAAUUCUACAUCUUUAUUUCAUCCGUCGAAUUUACAUAAUACAAUUUGUCUUUAAUUUUGAGUAGCAA